AUGUCAGGUUACGACGAAUCCACCGCCUUUGACAAUGUUGGUCUAUUCGUAUUCGACCUCGAGGCCGAUUUCAAAGACCCAAGAGACAGCACCAACUCAAAGCUUGCUGACCUAAUCCAAUACGCCGAGGACGCCUUCGAAAUAAAAUGUAAUUACGAACCCAUUGCAAGGAAUACCGACUGGAUGAAGAAGGCCGAUAUAAAGUUCAUCGACAGAUUGAGACAGUUCCACGAGGUCCAGUCCGCCAAGGACCAAUCCACCAAGGACCAGCCCACCGAGGACCAGCCCAUCGAGAAACAGCCCACUGAGGACCAGCCCACCAAGAAUAAGCCCAUACCGUUUUCAACAUACGGGAAGGAAGCGCUCGAGAAGUGGGUCGAAGAUGCUCAUCGGUAUAACCUCGAGGCCUACUCGAUAAAGGGUGGCAUGGACUACGAAACCUUCGAUGAACAAGUUGUGAAGACUAUCAAAAGACUCUUCAAGGAGUAG